AUGUCGUCAUCUUUUCGUGCCGAUACAUUGCACUUAACCGAAUAUGUAGUCUUUGACAAUCCUCAGACACAUCAUAUUCUAGCCCUUCUUCAUUGGAAGCGCUUCGAGCAAUCAGGUGAACAGGAGGAGCUCGAUAAGUCCAUCCGCCACGAUCGUACUGCACUCAAGCUUCAUCCCGAUCGUUCCGAAUCGUUGAAGAAUCUUUCAAUAUCCCUUUAUACACGAUACGAGCGUUGGGGGCAGAUAGAAGAUCUAGAAGAAGUCAUCAACUUGUCCAGAGCCGGUCUUCAACUUUGCCCCAAAAGCCAUCCUGAUUAUUCCAAGUUUCUAGACCACCUUGCAACUUCCCUACAAACUCUGUUCAAGCAGCGUGGACAGAUACAAGAUCUUAAUGAAGCCAUUGAGUUGCACCGUGCCGCCCUGGAACUUCACCCUAAAGACCAACCCCUGCGCUAUUCAUCUCUAAACAACCUUGCGAAUUCCAUGAAAACCCGGUUUGACCAAUAUGGACAGACGGAAGACCUAGAUGAGGCAGUUGAGUUACACCACGCCACCCUCAAAUUUUUGCCCAAAGGUCAUCCUCUUCGACCGUCGUCUCUCAACAACCUUGCUGAAUGCAAACAAGCUCGAUUUGGGCAGCAUGGACAAACUGAAGACCUUGAUGAAGCCAUUGUGUUGCAUCGCACCACCCUGGAGCUCUUUCCCGAGAGUCAUCCUCUUCGACCCGUGUCUCUAAACAAUCUUGCGACUGCCAUGAAAACUCGAUUCAAGUGUCAUGGGCAAAUGGAAAAUCUUGACGAAGCCAUUGGAUUGUUCCGUACAGCCCUAGGACUUCUCCCCAGCAGCCAUUCAAAUCGUUCCGCAUCCCUAGCUAACCUUGCUGCUUCCUUGCAAAUUCGAUUCGAGCAGCGUGGAUGGUCAGAUGACCUUGACGAAGCAGUUGAGUUAAACCGCAACGUUCUGGAACUUGUUCCCGACGGCCAUUCGAAUCGUUUUAAUGCUCUAAGCAACCUUGCGAAUUCUAUGGUAGUUCGGUUUCAGCAACGUGGACGGGCAGAGGACCUCGACGAAGCCAUUGAGUUGCAUCGCGCCGCAUUAGAACUUCGACCCAAUGGCCAUCCAGGGCGAUCCAUGUCUUUAAAUAAUCUUGCGGCUGCUGUGAGAACUCGAUUCGAGCAGCAUGGUCGGGUGGAGGACCUUGAUGAAGCCGUCGAGUUGUUCCGCACCGCCCUAGAACUUCGUCCCGAAGGCCACCCAGGACGUUCUACAUCUUUAGACAACCUAGCAAAUGUCAUGGGGACUCAAUUCGAGCAGCAUCGUAAGACAGAAGACCUUGAUGGAGCUGUUGCAUUGCUCUGCGCCGCGCUAGAGCUUCGCCCGAAUAGUCAUCCAAAUCGUUCUGUGUCGCUAAGCAAUCUUGCAGUUUGUAUGGUAAUUCGAUUCGAGCAACGUGGGCAGAAAGAGGACCUUGGUGAAGCCAUUCUGUUGUUCCGCGCUUCCCUGGAACUUUUCCCAGAAGGCCGUCAUUAUCUUCGGAUCUCGUCUCUAAACAAUCUCGCAACUUCCUUAAGAACUCGAUUCGAGCAGUGCGGACGGUCAGAAGACCUUGAUGAAGCCCUCAAAUUGCACCGUGCCGCUGUGGAACUUUGUCCCGAAGGUCAUCUGGAUCGUUUUGGGACAUUAUAUAACCUCGCAAAUUCCGUAUAUGCUCGAGUCAAACAGCAGUGGCGUGUGGAAGAGUUUACCGAAUACAUGCACUUACUGGAGCUCGCUGCUACUCACAAGUUCUCAGGACUCUCGAUACGCCUGGAUUCUGCGCGUCGAUGGGCAGAACUCGCGCGAUUACACGAUCACGAUUCCGCUCUCUCAGCCUACAAGGCAACGAUGUCGUUACUUCAACACGCUCUCACCAUAAGCCCGACUCUCCACGAACAACAUAAUUUCCUUGUCAGAAAUACCAACCAUAGAUUUCUCGCCAUGGAGGCAGCUUCCUACUCAAUAGAGAAGAACAGGAUGGAACAAGCUGUUGAGAUACUUGAGCAAGGGAGGGCCCUGCUUUGGUCGCAAUUACGCGGUCUCAGGACCCCUCUGGAUCAGCUAGCCAAAACAAACGAGGAACUCGUCGCCAGGUUCAGGAUCGUCAGUCGUCGACUGGAGAGUCUCGCAAUAGUAUAUGACGCGCCAGGAUCUGGACAGAGGGCAUUUGACAAGCUCCUUAAACUGAAGAAACAUCUCUCCGAUGAACAGGAGGAGGUCAUUCACGAGAUUCGACGAGUUCCAGAGUUUGAGAGUUUCCUUGACGCUACGCCGUUCAAUGUACUGCAGGAGGCAGCUUCGGAAGGGCCUGUCAUUAUGGUCAAUCAUUGCAAAUAUCGUUCCGAUGCUCUCAUCAUUCUCCACCGUGUUGACGUACCUGUCAUUUGUGUUCCGUUGGACAGCGAGUUCUAUAAGGGUAGUAUUAAACUCUACGUUGAGCUCAUGAAGACACGCCAAUACUUUGGAGCUGCCUCGACCAAGUAUGACGAAAAGCUCCGCGAAACGAUGAAGAUGCUUUGGGAUAGAGCUGUUUCUAAAAUUGUUGAAAGACUUGAGAAACUUGGAGUCGCCAAAGGCUCUCACAUUUGGUGGUGUCCCACAUCCGUGUUGUCUGCACUUCCAUUCCAUGCAGCAGGACCAUUCAAGGAUGCAGACGGUGCCACGAAAUACUUGUUGGACGACUACAUCUCGUCGUAUACGCCAACGUUCGGAGCCUUGAUCAAUGCACAGUCGGGCGGCGCCGAGGAAGAGGCAACAGUGCUUGUCAUUGGUGAUACCUCACUUCGAUCAGCCAAGCAGGAGAUUUCUAACAUCCGAAACUGUGGUGUGGGCACCAAAUUACUCCUUGGUAAGAAAGCGUCUCGUGAUGCAGUGGUCAAAGCCGUUCGGGAAGCGACAUGGGUCCAUUUCGUUUGUCACGGGCAUUUAGGCGCAAAGCCGUUCGACUCUUCAUUCAAUCUAUCAGAUAGCGGACUUACCCUGCUAGAUAUCGUCCAAGCAAGUCUCCCGGAUGCGGAAUUCGCAUUUCUUUCUGCUUGCCAUACUGCACAGCUGCCUUACGAUGGUGCACUCGAUGAGGUUCUUCAUCUUGCAGCAGCCAUACAAUUUUCUGGAUUCCGCAGUGUGAUCGGUUCGAUGUGGGAGCUACUUGAUGACGACGGGCCGCAUUUUGCCAGGACUGUUUACGAGUACAUUAAUGAUUGUGACGAAGGCGAGCCAAAGUAUAAGAGGGCAGCUGCAGGCCUUCGUAAAGCGGCUUUGGAGCUGAAAGCACGGGAUGAGGUUGCGACCGAACGAUGGGUUAAUCUCGUGCAUAUUGGUGCAUAG